UUUUUGCUGCUCUUUGGAAAUGCUGUCAGCCAGUACAGCUGCCCCCAGAAGUGCCUCUGCAGUCUUCUGCUGACAGAUUGCCCCUUUGCCAACCUUUCCAACAUUCCCCAGGGAAUAGCUCAAGACACAGAGGCUCUCUUUCUGAAUGAGAAUUACUUAACCCAAGUUCCCCCGGGAAUCCUUCAGCCCCUUGUUAAUCUCACUUUUCUUGGCUUGUCCCACAACAAACUCUCCCUGCAGAAUGACACCUUCGACGAUAUUGGCAGAAGCAUCCUUGCCCUGGAUCUGGCUGGCAACAAUCUGAUGGAGCUUCCACCUGCCUUGUUUCGAGGCACAAAGCACCUUGUUUGGCUAAACUUGGCUGAAAACAGACUUGCUGUGCUUGAUGGGAAGAUUUUUGCCUCCUUGGAAAGACUGACUUACUUGGACCUCUCUCAAAACAGACUACAGUUGUUAGUAAAUAUGUUGAUGGGUCUUUCUCAGCUAGAUACGUUAAUGAUGGCUGGUAAUCAUCUUCAGACACUCCCUGCUGGAGACUUUGAUCCUGUUCCUAACUUGAAGGUCCUUGAUAUUUCCAAUAAUGAAAUAAGUAGUUUACCAGAGAACUUAUUUGAAAACUUGACAAACCUUAGUGAUUUGCUCCUUGACAAUAAUAGUUUCAAGAAGAUUCCAUUUUCUGCAGUCAAGAUCCUCCCCAAGUUAGAACAUUUCUCAAUAUCUGGGAAUAGCAUCCAAAAUAUCCCUCCCCUUUCGGUCAUUAGUGAAUCUAGUUUAAGGCGGCUUGACCUGUCAAAUAAUUUGGUGUCUGACCUUCCCUUGAAUUUCUUCUCAGUGUUAAGGCAGCUGGAAUUUCUGAGUCUCUCUGGAAAUAACAUAAACGCUCUCCCAGGAGACAUAUUUGUACAUAACACUCAGCUAGCAUUUCUGCAUUUGGACAGAAACCAAUUUCAUACCCUGCCCAUCUUUUCAGGACUGCAAAGACUCAAGUUGUGUUGCAAUGGUAUAGAAAAUUUGCCCAGAACCUUCAUAGACAAAAUGUAUGAAUUAGAAUUACUGAAUCUCUCCAACAACAAUAUAACAGAGACCAAAGGGUUGGAUUCUAAUAUAACACAAAUAAUUUUGACUGGGAAUCCAGUCUGUACAAACUCAAUGAUUUCCAAAACACAUUGUUAAAAAUCUCUGUGGCAAGACAAAAAUAAAGGGGAUAGCAAUGGAUAUGUUAAUUAUUUACUUUUGCUAAUGAGAAUAAAAGUUAAAUGUAUAGUUGUUUGUAUCAUGUUAGUAAAUAGCAAGGACUAUAGCAUAAUUUUGCAUCAUAUCUUUACACUUCUUUGCCACAGAUAUCUGUGCCCUGUAGUUCAAUGCAACAAACAAAUAUUUAUCCUAUGUCUAUUAUGUCCAAGGCACAUAACAAAUUUAAAAAAUGACAGUCCUAGUUCUAAAGACAUUUAUAUUUUCAUAGGUUGAUCUGGGAUUGAAUGGGGGAGGAGAAUAAGCAUUUCUAUAGCAUCUUCUAUUUG